AUGGCGGGCCUUUCUUUUGAAAAAGGAAGAGCAACUCCCUCUCUCUCAUCACUAAAAACCCGACACUCGAUCCCACGUCCUCCCCCCCCCUAACCGUCCUCCCUAACUCCUCCUCCUCCCACUCCCAUCACUUCACCAUCGCCAUCCACCUCCUCUGUUUCUUCCUCCCCUGCAAACUGCUCCAUCCUGCUCACCCUCAAAGGCUCACAGAGCAGAGCUUUCCGCCCCCGAAUUAUGAAGCUGGGCAGAUCGAGAGCCAGGCGAAGGACCAAGCCCUUCUCCGGCGCCGCCUCGGCCUCGUCGCCCCGCCCUUCCCUGCUCUCGUCCUGGCUCUUGAGGCUCAGCAAGAUCGGGGUACAUCGCGCCGACCGACGCCACGGUCGCCACCACCGUGCUCUGGGGCCGGGAGCUCGAGCCCCGCGGCGACGAGGCAUUACAAUUCGCCGUCGGAGGAGGUGGUUUCGACUCCGAAGCGGAGCGGGGUCGAGGGGGAAGAAGAGGGUCGGCUCCUGGAAGGCGACGGUGGUUUCUGGAGGCUGUCCUUCAGAGGGGAGAGGACGUUCGACGAGGAAGGGGACUUCAGCGGAGAUACGCGCGGACCGAUUUGGUGCAGAUCGGACGGGGACGAGGACGCCGGAAAUUUCGAAGAGAUGGUGUCGGGUAUCAGGAGGAGGAGAGAGAGUCGGUGGAGAUCGAGGAGCAUGCCCGAGAUAAAAGUAGAGAGCGCAGAUGGAGAAGCAGAGCUGAAGACUCCAAGGAGGAGGAAGGUCAAAAGGGAACACAAACACGGAAUUAGGAGCGAUGGAAAGGUCUUGGAAGCGAAGAAUCAGGACCGCGUUCCGUCCAAGUAUUCGGCCUCGUUGCGAAAAUCGGUUGGAGACGGUGAAUUUCCUUUGACAUCGAUUCCAGAGAUGCAGAAACCGGAGGAAACAAGCGAGGGCGACAGCACGAGCAGAGAGAAACAGAGGAAAUCCCUCUACAUAAGCAGAAGGGAGCAACCCCGGCGCAGCCGGGUCCGAGUUCAUUCCCCGAGAGCCGCCAGGAUCGAGGUGCGCAGGCCGCGGUCCCCGGUCGAGGACGCGAAGAAGGCGAGCUCGAAGUCGGCGAGGGCGAGGAUGAAGACGGCGAAGAAGGGCGGCGAGGCUGACGUCGCCAAGGCCAACAGAUUGGAGAGGUACGCGGUGGUGAAGUGCUCGUACCACCCGCAGAGAGACUUCCGGGAGUCGAUGAUGGAGAUGAUCGUCGAGAGGCGGAUCCGGCGGACGGAGGACAUGGAGGAGCUCUUGGCUUGCUACUUGACGCUGAAUUCGGACGAGCAUCAUGAGCUCAUCAUCAAGGUGUUCAGGCAGGUCUGGUUCGAGCUGAACCAGGCUUGCUUUGGCUGGUGAAUAAUUGCAGAGAGAGAGAGAGAGCACGGAUGGUGGUAUGGUUUAGAGUUUAUUUUUGCUUCUAUACGAUCAACUAGGUUAACUUUACAGCGAGAUAAGGUCGGCUGAUACUAUGUAUGUAUACUCGAUGAAAUCAUCACUGAAAAGGUUCGGGCGUUCUCCUUUACUAAAUUAGAACGAAAGACAGAUCGAACGACAAUAUUUCGAUAGAAA